GGAGGCGGCCCCGCAGCCCCCCGGUUGUGCCCGGUGUCCCCCCCAGCCCCGGUUCGCAGCGGAGCCCCCCGGCCGCCGCCGCCCCCCGACCAUGGCAGCGCUGCCCGGGACGGUGCCGCGGAUGAUGCGCCCGGCGCCGGGGCAGAACUACCCCCGCACCGGCUUCCCGCUGGAAGUGUCCACCCCGCUGGGCCAGGGCAGGGUGAACCAGCUCGGAGGGGUUUUCAUCAACGGGCGCCCGCUGCCCAACCACAUCCGCCACAAGAUCGUGGAGAUGGCGCACCACGGCAUCCGGCCCUGCGUGAUCUCCCGGCAGCUGCGCGUCUCCCACGGCUGCGUCUCCAAAAUCCUCUGCCGCUACCAGGAGACCGGAUCCAUCCGGCCCGGGGCCAUCGGCGGCAGCAAGCCCAGGGUCGCGACUCCCGACGUGGAGAAGAAAAUCGAGGAAUACAAGCGGGAGAACCCCGGGAUGUUCAGCUGGGAGAUCCGGGACCGGCUGCUCAAGGACGGCCACUGCGACCGCAGCACGGUGCCCUCAGUGAGUUCGAUUAGCCGCGUGCUCCGCAUCAAAUUCGGCAAGAAGGAGGAGGACGAGGACUGCGACAAGAAGGAGGAGGACGGCGACAAGAAGGCCAAGCACAGCAUCGACGGCAUCCUGGGCGACAAAGGGAACCGCCUGGACGAGGGCUCGGACGUGGAGUCGGAGCCGGACCUGCCGCUGAAGCGGAAGCAGCGCCGCAGCCGCACCACGUUCACGGCGGAGCAGCUGGAGGAGCUGGAGAAGGCCUUCGAGAGGACCCACUACCCCGACAUCUACACCCGCGAGGAGCUGGCCCAGCGCACCAAGCUCACCGAGGCCCGCGUGCAGGUGUGGUUCAGCAACCGGCGGGCGCGCUGGCGCAAGCAGGCGGGAGCCAACCAGCUGGCGGCCUUCAACCACCUGCUGCCGGGGGGCUUCCCGCCCACGGGAAUGCCGGCGCUGCCCCCGUACCAGCUGCCCGACUCCUCCUACCCCAGCACCACCAUCUCCCAAGACGGCGGCAGCACCGUGCACCGGCCGCAGCCGCUGCCACCCUCCACCAUGCACCAGGGCGGGCUGGCCGCCGCCGCCGACUCCGGCUCAGCCUACGGCGCCCGGCACAGCUUCUCCAGCUACUCCGAGAGCUUCAUGAACGCCACAGCCCCCGCCAACCACAUGAACCCCGUCAGCAACGGCCUGUCCCCGCAGGUGAUGAGCAUCCUGAGCAACCCCAGCGGGGUCCCGCCGCAGCCCCAGGCCGAUUUCUCCAUCUCUCCCCUCCACGGCGGCCUGGACAGCACCAACUCCAUCUCGGCCAGCUGCAGCCAGCGCAGCGACUCCAUCAAGUCCGUGGAGAGCCUCCCGACCUCGCAGUCCUACUGUCCCCCCACCUACAGCACCACCAGCUACAGCGUGGACCCCGUGGCCGGGUACCAGUACGGCCAGUACGGGCAGACUGCCGUGGAUUACCUGGCCAAGAACGUCAGCCUGUCCACGCAGCGCCGCAUGAAGCUGGGCGAGCACUCGGCCGUGCUGGGGCUGCUGCCGGUGGAGACGGGCCAGGCCUACUGAGACCCCCUCGCCAGGGACCUCUGGAGACCCCCGCCGGCUCCCAGGGAUCCUCCCUGCCCCGUUCCACCCCAGCUGCCGAGGAGAUGGGAGACGGGGGAGCUCUCCCAGGAUCCGGCUGCUCCAGAGCAUUCCAGAGGCAAGUCCGGCCUCUGGGGCCUGACUCCUCCUGUGGCCAGAGACAAUGGGCUGGGUGCAUUUAUCAACCCCGGUCCA